CGUGUCCCUGAAAAUGUCCCUCCCACAUAUCGCAUUACGAGUACCACAGUAACCCACCAACGCCCCGUCCAAACGACGAACGCUUUCGCAUGUAUGCGCCCCUGUGCCCUAUUUUCAUGACGAGGACCGGGGAAUCAAGGAUCUUGGAAGCGCACGGGAAUCAUGGCUGAGGUGGACGUUAUCCCAACGCUGGGAUCGGAACUCAAGGAUGGCUUCAAGCCAGCGAACGCCUGGGUCGCCAACGGCAUCGCCUGGCUCGACGACAUCCAGUCCUUCUACCGCGAACGGAGUGCGAUCGAGAAGGAAUACAGCGCGAAGCUCAAUGCGCUGGCCAAGAAAUACUUCGAGAAGAAGACGCGCAAGUCGGCGAGCCUGAGUGUUGGCGACACCCCAGCAAUGACCCCCGGCUCGCUCGAGAGCGCAUCUCUGACCACAUGGACCACGCAUCUGACGUCCCUGGAAGCCCGGGCUGAUGAGCACGAACGCUACGGAAACGACCUGAUCGGCAAGGUGGCCGAGCCCCUGAAGCACAUGGGCGUCCGUUUCGAAGAGUUGCGCAAGCGCCUCGCCGAGUACGCCGAGAAGCUCGAGAGAGAACGAGAUGCGUCGUACGCCGAUCUGCGGAAGAUGAAGGGCAAGUACGACGCCGCCUGCCAGGAGGUGGAGAAUAAGCGCAAGAAGACCGAGUCCUCGUUCGACAAGGCGAAGGCGCAGAGCGCCUUCCAGCAACAGAUCCUCGAAAUGAACAACGUGAAAAACAGCUACCUGAUCGCCAUCAACGUCACCAACAAGCAGAAGGAAAAAUACUACCACGAGUACCUGCCCCAGGUCAUGGACAGCCUGCAAGACCUCUCGGAGUUCCGCACCCUCAGGCUAAACGGACUGUGGUCGCUCGCCGCCAAGCUCGAGGCGACCAUGCUGCAGCAAAGCGCGGGCGUAAUAGACCACCUGAGCCAGGAAAUCACGCGGAACCAGCCUCACCUGGAUUCGAUGAUGUACAUACGGCACAACAUGGGGACCUUCCAAGAGCCUGCUAACAAGGUGUUCGAGCCGAGCCCCGUGUGGCACGAUGACGGCGCCAUGAUCGUGGACGAGACGGCCAAGAUCUACCUCCGCAACCUACUCAACAAGUCGAAGAGCCAGCUCGGCGAACUGCGCCGCGAAGCGGACAAGAAGAGACGGGAGGUCGAGGCCGUGAGGCGCGUGAAGGAGAAGAUCCGGGAUGGGACGGAGCAGAAGGACGAGGUAGCCGUGGUGUCGCAGCUCUUUGCGCUGCAGGAGGACCUACACCAAGUCGACCGGAAGCGGAUCACGGUCGAGGUCGAGGUGUCCACCAUCACGUCGACAGUGGGCGACGUGACGCUAGGGGCCAAGAACCACAACUUCAAAUCGCAGACGUUCAAGAUCCCCACCAACUGCGACCUCUGCGGGGAGAGAAUAUGGGGGCUCUCAGCAAAGGGGUUCGACUGCCGCGACUGCGGCUACACAUGCCACAGCAAGUGCGAGAUGAAGGUGCCGGCCGAGUGUCCGGGGGAGCAGUCCAAGGAAGAGCGCAAGAAGCUGAAGCAGGAGCGCCAGGAGGCGGCAAACGCGCUGGUCAAACCGAGCAGCGGCCCGCCAGAGCACGUGGCCGAGCUGCCGGGCCUCAGCCGGUCCGACACGGUCACGUCAGGGAAAUCAGGAUACGCAGCCAGCUCGCAGCGAUCCAUGACCGGCCCCCUGUCGCCCGCCGACGAGACGCCGCCUGAUGUGCCGAGCGCCACCCGGCCGACCAGCACAGCCGCGCCGAGCGCUGGCGCGGGCGCUGCCAGGAAGCACCGUGUCAUUGCACCCCCGCCGGCGGCCUACGUGAGCGAGCUUCCGGGUAGUACGCCGAACGGCUCGUCGCAGGCGUCAGAGCAGCAAAAGGCCAAGAUGCUGUACGCCUUCGAAGCCGGCGGACCGGGCGAGUUGAGCGUGCCGGAGGGACGGGAUCUCGUCAUAUUGGAGCCCGACACUGGAUCCGGCUGGGUCAAAGUGCGGGCAGGCUACAAGGAGGGUCUCGUCCCGGCGACCUACAUCGAGAUCACGCCCGCGGCGCCAACGGCACCGGCGGCCAUCCUGCCGCAGCACACGGGCCAGUCGACCUACUCCAACAGCGGCUCGUCGAUCGGGACGGCGGCCGGGACGAGCGGGGCGAAGAAGAAGGGCCCCGCGGUGGCGCCCCGGCGAGGCGCCAAGAAGCUCAAGUACGUCGAGGCGCUGUACGACUACGCGGCGCAGAGCGAGGCCGAGCACAGCAUGGUCGAGGGCGAGCGGUUCGUGCUGAUCAAGGAGGACCCGGGCGACGGCUGGGCCGAGGUCGAGAAGGGCGGCGUGACAAAGAGCGUGCCGGCGAGUUAUAUACAGCUUGUGUAGUGUACUCUACGUACAUGGAGGUGUGGGUGUGGUUGACUACACCUCGCUGAUGCUCACCUCACGCUGUGUAGGCUCUGCGCAGUAACUCCAUAGUGUAGGUGUGGUUAUUGUGUGUGUUGGGGGGUGGGUGAGCCGGGG